AUGGUCAAACCCACCCGCCCCCCAGCCAACAACUUCGUAGCCACCGCCCGCAAGAUCUACAACCCGAUCGGCUUCGCCAAAGGUUACAACUUCAUCCUAUGGAUGAUAUCCGCUGGCGCACUACUCGGCUUCUCCCUCGCCCGACUCAUGUACCUCAACUUCGACGGCAUCUUCUGCCCAGCAGACCAAAACAAAGCCGAUGCCCUGCCCGGCGAAUGCUUCUACUACCAAGACACCCGCGGCCGCGUCGGCAUCCUCCUCCACCUCGGUGCCAUCCUCCCAGCCUGUCUCCUCGCCUUCCUCCAAUUCGUCCCCGUCAUCCGCCACAAAGUCAUCCUCUUCCACCGCAUCAACGGCUACCUGGUCAUCAUCGGCUCUUUCACCGGCAUGGCCGGCGUGCUAAUGAUAGCAGAACAUAGCUUCGGUGGCGGUGUGAGCAUACAAAUCGCCCUCGGCGUGGCACUCAUCAUCUUCCUUAGCUGCAUCUGCAUCGCUUAUUAUAAUAUCAAAAGACUGCAGAUCGAGCAGCACCGCGCGUGGAUGAUCCGCGCUUGGGUCUGCGGCGGCUUCAUCAUAACCAUGCGCAUCAUCGGCAUAACCACCAACAAAGUCCUCGUGGCCCUCGCCCCCAACCAAUACUUCGUCUCCUACUCCUGCUCUGAGAUCUCCUUCAUGCUGAACGGGAACCAAUCCGUCGUGCAAUCCCUCCAUCCGUCCUGCACGGGGACUAAUCCGAACCACCACGUUCUCGUCAAUGCUUUCAGCUCCAAUGGAACCGGGAAUGUGGACCAGGCUGCCGCAGGCCUCGACAUCAGUUUUAGUGCUGCGGCGUGGCUCGCGGUCGCUAUUCAUGUCUUUGCGGCUGAGCUGUAUCUCCAUCUUACUCCGGCCGAGUCAGCGAGGUUGAGGAGGGUGUCGUAUCAGAGACAGUUGGAGGCCGGGAUGAGGAGGCCUGGGAAUAUGGGGUUGACGGCGGAGAAGGUUGGUGAUGCGGAGCCGUUUUUGAUGGUUAAGGGGGAGGAGAGGGGUGAGGGGGGUGGGAGUGAGCAUGAAAGUGAGGUGGAGCUUACGAGGGUUGGGGGGAGGUAUGAGAGGGAAUAG